AUGACUCAUCGUUCCCCAGUGUCUCGUCCCGCACAAGGGGCUACUCAUCUCGCGGGUGAAGUCACCGAGUGUGAAGUGUCACCAGAGGUGCUCACUUGGACCACCACUAUUCCUUGCUGGCAUAGCCUUGAUCUUAAUCAGAUAUUGACGAUGAAGAUAAGGAAGGCCCUGAGCUCUAUACGCUCUCACUUACCACAGAGGCCUAUUGGUGUUGGGGGACUGUCACCAGAUGCCGUUGAGGAAGUGAUGGUGGCGUGUAAGCGCUGUGUGGCCCUUGCAUUCAAAGUGAAGAAGCUGGAGGCUGAAUUAUCGUGCUCUAAUGAGAGGAACCACAAGCUGAGUAAGGAGCUUCGAGAGCUACGAGCGUCCAGACAUGAGUGGGAGGAUCAACGGGAUAAGUAUAUUGACAGACUCGCGAGAGUUAAGGAGUGGGUGAAGUUGACUAAAGUUAAACACAAGAUGGAGAAGGCGGCUCUCAUGAGGGCACAUGAGGAGGAGCUAGUUAUGGCACUUAGUCGUCAGAUGGAAUCUCAUAAACACGAUAAAGGCUUCGAUGAUGAUGACCACAGGUUAUCAAGUGUUGUCUUGUAG